AUGGCUGAGGGGCUUCAGAGGUCUGAGAGCACGUUUAGGAGGCAGGGCUCGUCGGGGUUGAUUUGGGACGACAAGUUUCUACAGCAGGCGCUGAACCAAGUGGAGGCGGAGAAGCAGGCAGAGGCAGCUCAGCAGGCUCAGGGCGGCGGCGCGGCAGCACCCACCAUGGAGCGGAGCCGAUCGAACGGAGGAAAGGGGUAUCGGACGGUCAAGGUUUCGCCACAAGCGAUGGACCCGCCCUCCCCGAAAGUCUCCGGCUGUGGGAUCUGCGGCGCGUUUGGAAAACCGAAGCCGGCGUCGGCGCGUCGGCCGAAAUCGAACAAACGAAGGUCGUAG